GCAAAAACACAGCAAGAGAUGAACGAACCGAAUUCAAACUGGUGCUCAGUAAUCAGGAGGAAAACAGAGACUUUUCAAAAGCCUCUAAAGACUAAAGCUGCCUGCGUCUGUCAAUCAGCUGAGUGCAGCAGUGUGGGAGACACGCUGAGGGCUGUCAUUAAAUACAGUCUGUGAAAAACAGCCUUUUAUCUGAUGUCUUAGUUUCCCUCCGUAGGAAUACCCAUUUCUGUGUGUUUGAUUGACAGUGUUGGUUCUUGAGAUUUCAGUAUUUCACCACACGAACGGCCGCGUUAAUAAUUGAUGGAUGAGCUUCUCUUUGUGCAGGGGGAUCUCAACCUGUGAGAGCAGAGCAACAGGGCCGCGUUGUUGUAACUCGACGUGCUGCUGUCCGUUUAGUGCAUGGACGCUGAUUGAUGGAAGAGACCUUUCAGUCCUCUGGGUGAAGACAACAGGAGGAUCCGGAGGAGGGACGGACGUGUGUCUGUCCAGUGGAAGAGUGGCGCCAUCCUCCGUCUUUCAAAGGCACCAAGCAGCUGAUGUGUGACGGGACUUUGACAGGUGAGGGAGGAUUUGACUGGUCCUCCAAUGCCCCCCCCUCCACGAUGUGCUUCAUAUGCUUUUGGACUGCCGCGCACCUGCACCCCCUGGCGGCCGAUUAGAGCAACAGCUGCAAUGCCGCGCCUUCAAGCGUCUAUUGUUUGUUCAUAGUUUAAUUAACGCACUCUAGAACUAUCCAAAGUGUCCCCGCCCGCCUCCACCGGGCGGUGUUUAGUGCGGCGGUGGGCGGAGCAUCCCGUUCAUCUGAAUGGCCCGAGGACUCUGCAGGUGUCCAACCAGUGUGGGACAGAAAUCCGCCCGAACUGUCCUCCACAGAGACACCUGGACACCACGCGCUGCAGGCCCGGCAGGAUCCAGACAAGCGUUCUUUUUUUAAGGCUUCCUCGGUCAACCCAGUGAUAAUGCUCCGACAUUUUGCAUGCUCCCAAUUUGUGCAUGAAUUUGAAGGUCACUACCACGACUUGUGCCUGAUGACCGCUUUUUACUGUAGAUAUGACAAAGUGCAAAUCACUGUACAUGACGGAUUUUGUAGCUCAGCUGAAUUCCACUGUUUGACACUCUAAAAACAGAUUCGAAAAUAGAAUCGGCAAACUUGAAUCCGUGGUAAUAUCCGUGCAUCUCUUGUACUUUGGCUCAUACCUACAUAUUGAGGCCUUUCACCUGGACAAAACACUCCCAGUCUUCAAAGUAACGCAGCUUGUUAUUUCUGAGCUGUCAAAGAGCUGCGAAAGGGCUCAAACAUGGCUGCCAAUGGCACCAUGGAAGCGGCGGACAUCAGCGUCGUAGUGAUCUACUUCAUCCUGGUGCUGGUCAUCGGUUUCUUCGCCAUGCGCAAAGCCAACAAGGGCGCGGUGAGCGGCUACUUCCUGGCCGGCCGCUCCAUGAACUGGGCGGCAGUGGGAGCCUCCCUGUUCGUCAGCAACAUCGGAAGCGAGCACUUCAUUGGACUCGCUGGAUCGGGCGCGGCCAGCGGCCUCGGCGUGGCUGCCUGGGAGUUAAACGCGCUGCUUCUGCUCCAGCUGUUGGGCUGGGUGUUCAUCCCCGUGUACAUUCAGUGCGGAGUCAGCACCAUGCCGGAGUACCUGUCCAAGCGGUUCGGCGGGAACCGGCUCAAAGUGUAUUUUGCGGCGCUGUCCCUCGUCCUGUACGUCUUCACCAAGUUGUCCGUAGACCUCUACGCCGGGGCCCUGUUCAUUCAGGAAUCCCUCGGUUGGAACCUGUACCUGUCCAUCAUCCUCCUCAUCACCAUGACGGCUUUGCUGACGGUCACGGGGGGCCUGGUGGCUGUCAUCUACACCGACGCGGUGCAGGCGUUCAUCAUGAUCGCCGGAGCACUCUGCCUCACAUGCAUCGGCCUCAUCAAAGUGGGAGGGCUCGAAGGGGUGUGGACCAAAUACAUGCAAGCUUCUCCAAACAUCACCGCCAUCUUGCUGUCUUCACCCAACCUGACGUAUUCCGAAUCCUGCCACCUGCACCUCCACCCCAAGCCAGAUGCUCUGAAGGUGCUCCGCGGCCCGACGGAUCCAGACCUGCCUUGGCCCGGUUUCCUGCUGGGUCAGACUCCUGCCUCGAUUUGGUACUGGUGCACGGAUCAAGUCAUCGUUCAGCGCGUUUUGGCAGCAAAGAACAUCGCCCACGCCAAAGGUUCCACCAUCAUGGCUGGCUUUCUGAAAAUCCUCCCCAUGUUCAUCAUCGUCAUCCCAGGGAUGAUUUCCAGGAUCCUCUUUGCGGACGAGUUGGCGUGCGUCAGCCCGGAGCACUGCCUGGAGGCGUGCGGCUCCGCCAGCGGUUGCAGCAACGUGGCCUACCCGCGGCUCGUCAUGGCGCUGAUGCCCGUUGGCCUCCGCGGCCUGAUGAUGGCCGUCAUAAUCGCAGCGCUGAUGAGCGACCUGGACUCCAUCUUCAACUCCGCCAGCACCAUAUUCACGCUGGACAUCUACACCAUGCUGCGGAAGCGGGCGUCCUCCCGGGAGCUGGUGAUGGUCGGCCGGUUGUUCGUGGUUUUCAUGGUGGUCGCCAGCAUCGCCUGGGUGCCCGUCAUCAUCGAGAUGCAGGGCGGCCAGAUGUUCUACUACAUCCAAGAAGUGACGGACUACCUGACCCCCCCCGUGGCCGCCACCUUCUUGCUCGGCGUGCUUUGGCACCGCUGCAACGAGACGGGGGCGUUUUGGGGCGGGUUGGCGGGGUUCGUCCUCGGGGCGGCGCGUCUGGUUUUGGCGUUGGUCUACCGGGAGCCUCACUGCGACCAGCCCGACGAGCGGCCGUCUUUCAUCAAGGACGUCCACUUCAUGUAUGUGGCGGCCAUCUUGUUCUGGGCCUCGGCUUUGGUGACCGUGGUUGUGAGUCUCUGCACCCCUCCGCCCGCAGAAGAACAAAUCAGGAACACCACCCUGUGGGGGUUAAACAAGAGGAAGGGCUUAAAACAUGGCCCUCAAAAAGCUGCUCCACCAAGCAACAGUUAUGCUAUGGAAGCCACUGACACGGAAACACACCUUUCCAGCCCCUCACCGAUUUCUGACCUUAAAAAGCAGGACGAGGGAGAAGAAAGAGGAGUGACGGUUGGGAAGGAGGAAGAGGAACGCUGCCUUGGAAGAGGAGGAGGAGGAGAAGGAGGAGGAGGUGGAGGAGGGGAGCACGGGAGGUGUGUGAAGACUCUCAUGUGCUUCUGUGGCUUCGAGGAAAAGCCGGCCGAUGCUCAGGUCCUCACGGCCCAGGAACAGGAGCAGAUUGUGGAUGAGCUCCUCCACGAACCUCCUCGAACCCGAAUCCUCCUGAACACGGCACUGGCGGUCAUCGUCUCCGUUGGCGUCUUUCUCUUCAUCUAUUUCUCCGUGUAGGCUCCUUUUUAGUCUGGAGAAGUGGCUCAUGCUGUUGACAUAAUCUAGAUGCAUGUUCCAGGUAAGCUCUCCUUCACUUUUCUCCUCAAGUUUGAUGACAAAAUUUGAUUUUUUAACUUCCACCGUAUUAAAUAAAGUAUACUUCUUUUUACAAGGGACUAUCGGAACCAGGUCAACAGCACAUAGGACUAAAUUCUCCUGCCUUUUGGAGACAAGUGCAAAUGUAUGGUGGUGGUAGUUAUUAACAAACGCAGAGGAAGCUGGGCUUUAGCACAACACAAAUAUUGGUGUUAUUUUUUUACUCUUUGGUUAGAAAUUAAACGGAUUGGGGCGGUAUGUUGCGCUAUGAUGGUCUGACCGCUGUACAGCACCCAGCUUGUCUUUUUUAUAUAGAGAGAAAAUAAAUUACAAAUGUAAAUAUGUUUAUCAAGAACUAAGAACAGAUGCAAAGGCUUGGAAUUUAGUUAACUCCUCCUAUUCUGGGUUGAUUUUGUGAAAAUAAAGUGUUGUAAUUGCCUUUAAGACUAACGCAUUAGUUUAGAAUCUCUAUGUGACGUUUUAAUUGUGCCGAUUGUCCAAUUAGGUUUCAUUGGCUGCAAAGUGCUUGUAGAAACACGCUCUCUCUCACCGAUACUUAUUGUUAUUUUUCCAAUCCUUACACUCACAACACCGACGACAUGCCUGCUGAAGUGAUUGAGCUAAACUUAAACGCUGACAACGUUUAUACAUCAGCGUGUGAGCGUUAUCAUUGUGAUCAUCAUGACCCCACUUUGUAACCCUGGUUUUCUUUUAUCAAACUUUUCCAAAAUACAAAGCGUUGGCUUGCUGUCAUCGCUGUUUUAUCUGUUCUUUCUCUCUCAAGGAAUGUUGUGCUUUGGGGCGAGGCGGCAUCGAGGAAUAACGACACAACACAUGAACAAUAAACAAAUCAAUGGGCUAUUCUUUUGAUUAUGGUGUUC